AUGAGCGUGCGCAGCGCCGUAAAGGCCGUGUUCACGCUAUGCGUCCGGUCCCGCUCCCGCGCGUUGGCCGCUUGUCUCUGCUGGCUCACCCCGGGUAAACGCAGGUCUCCGCCGCCUCUUCUUCCUCCGCUCCUUCGUCUUCUCCUCCUCCUCCUCCUGGGCGCACAAGCCCGGGUACCGCCUCCUCCUUCCUCCAGGUCUCCCGGCGCAGCGCGCGGGCUGCAGCCGCCGGUGGACUUUCCGUCCGAGCUGUCGGUGCCGCUGUCCAGAUCGUCCGGGUCCGAGGUGGAUCCGUCGGGCAGCGCGUGUCCCUCGUUCCCCGUGGACUUCAUCCUGUGUCUGCUCGGGUGAGUCCUGAGCUGCUGGGGCCGUGCGGGCGCGCGGCGGCUGCACAUCACUUUAUCCUGAGGGUGAAAAUAGACCGGGGGCCGAGCAGCUGCCGCCGAUCCGGUGACCGAGGGGGUUUGUGCCGUCCGGCCCCCCGGCGGAUCCACAUACCAUUUCUAAUGAAUGACGGCUGCUUUCUGGGUCGGCAGCCCGCCGCGGAGAAGAGAGGACAGGUGGAGCCUAAAGGGAGGGAGGGGGGCACCUGUUGUGGUCUGGAGGAUCCGGGUUUAAAUUAGGCUCGACUGAUAUGGGACUGACUUCAAGGUCGAUGUGACAACUCCAGGUCCAAAAUGCAGAUGUUUGGUCUGAUAUUCACCGCCUAAUAUUUAACCAAAGUCCGUGUUUUUCAUGUUAAUUUCACGUAAAUUUCUACUCAUUAUUUUAAACCACGUGGUCCUCCAUUUAGUCCAGUAUUUAAAAAUUUUAGGACAUUAAAAAAAGUUUUUUUUCAAUUUAUAAACAGGACAGAAGGUUGAAAAUGACACUAAUCUAGAAUGAUAUUAUGACACUUUACCAAAGUUUUGGCUUUUGGGACUAAAUGGUCAAUGUGAGACUUUUUUUAUUCUGAUGCAACAACAACAAAAAAAACACCAAUAUCUGUUUUGUUAAUAAUCACUGAAAUGUCCCAGAGCCAUCAGCAGAUUUCCCCUCUGCUGUUUUAUAUGUGAAGAGCUUUUUUUGUGUGUUUUACAUGAAGAUAUGAGCAGUAUAAUGUCAUUAUAAAAGGCUUUACUAAUAAAAUAAAUAAUUUAUGACCUGAACUGAAGGAAGUGAAAAGAGAAAAUAAUGAUAAUAUUUAACAGUUUUAGGACAGUCUCUUUGCAAAUACAACCCUAUUUAAAUGGGACAGGUUAAACUGAAUUUCAACCACCAAAACACAUCUGAACAUAGAAAUAAAGCUUAGUGCAGUUUGUUUCAACAGGUAAGAACCAAAAUGUAGAUUAAUCUAUUCACCAUAUUUAUUGAACUCCUGUAAGGAACUUCUUGUUUUUGCAUAAAUUAUAUUUUGCAUAGAUGAUAUUUUCUUAGAUUAUAGAAGACAAAAAUUAAUUGAUCCUCACAAACUACUCUCAAGUGAAAGUGAUGAUGCAUCUUAAAUUUUAAUCCAGAAACGUAAACAUUUGUCAGAAACAGCUGUUCUGCCCCAUGAGGACUUUUUAAAAUUAUUUUCAGCUGUUGGAGAAAAAUAUAAAAGCAAGACCUGACUUAUGAGAAAGACUUUUACUGUUGGGAUGUGUUGGUACUUUUCCUGCAGUUAAACAUUGAAAUAUUCCUCCACCAACGUUUACUGCAGCUGCAAAAAAUGAUAAAAAAAAAUAUAAAUAAAAAGUGGAGAAACUGCAACAACAACAAAAAAGGUCUUUGAAACUUUGACCUCACCAAAACUUUCGAGAUGCACGCAGAUUCUGACGGAUUUGGGAUAACGUUGCUGCUCUUGCCGGCGGCUCUGAGCUUUCAUUGAGUGAACAGCCCAGGUGUACCCGCCUGUCCUGUCCCUGUGUGUGCCCACCAGGAUGGACACACACACAGACACACACACCACACUCCCCUCCUCCUCCACCUUGCCCAGUGCCAUCUUUGGGGUGGAUAUAAAUAUCUGUGAACGGACGAUGUCUGUGUGUGUUUGUGCUGCUGUAAAAACUUGUGGCUCAUUUCAAAACUGUUUUUUGAUUUUCUUUAACAAAGUGUUCGAAACCUGCAAAAACAAGCUGGGAUUUGAACGCUCCGUGCAGUGAUUACAGCAACAUUUUACACCAAGAUAUUUCUACCCUUGCCACAAGAGGGCGGUAAAGCCUAAGAGUUCAUUUCUAGAGUUGUCUUGGAAAAUGUUGAACAUUUCAGCCCUUUGCACAAAAACAACAGAUUCCUUGGAAGUUUACAGCUAAUUUGCAGGAUUCAGCGUCCAGAAUAUCAAAAAUUUAAGACUGAGAAAUCUGGCAGAUACGUCCUCCUCUUGUUUGAAAUAACUUUUAAGUUUUCUUUUUAACCCUUAGACCCUCCUGCGUACAUUUUUUGUUCUUUCAGAUGGUUUUUCCUGCUGUCAUUUUGGAAAGGAGGGCCUGAAGGUUACCCCACAUGA